AUGGCGGUGCAGGAGACAGCAGCUCAACUCUCUAUGGCCCUAAAGGUGCAGGAAUACCCAACUUUAAAGUUGUCUUCUGUUAAUGUUUGGAAGAAGAAGCGCAUGGACCGCAUGAUGGUGGAGCACUUACUACGCUGUGGCUACUACAACACCGCAGUCAAGCUAGCCAGACAAAGCGGGAUUGAGGAUUUGGUCAACAUAGAAAUGUUUCUUACUGCAAAAGAAGUUGAAGAAUCUCUCGAGCAUCAGGAAACGGCUACCUGUCUGGCUUGGUGCCACGAUAACAAGUCUCGCUUACGGAAAAUGAAAAGCUGUUUGGAGUUCAGUUUAAGGAUCCAGGAAUUUAUUGAACUCAUUCGACAAAACAAACGGAUGGACGCAGUAAGACAUGCACGCAAACACUUCAGCCAAGCAGAAGGAGGGCAAUUGGACGAGGUACGGCAAGUGAUGGGCAUGCUGGCGUUUCCCUCAGACACGCACAUUUCACCGUAUAAGGAUCUUUUGGAUCCAGCUCGCUGGAAAAUGCUGAUCCAGCAGUUCAGAUAUGACAACUACAGAUUACACCAGCUGGGGAACAACUCUGUGUUUACCAUUACCCUGCAGGCAGGGCUGUCUGCCAUCAAAACCCCGCAGUGUUACAAAGAUGAUGGCACUUCCAAAAACCCAGACUGUCCUGUCUGCAGUAAGUCACUGAACAAAUUGGCUCAACCUCUUCCCAUGGCCCACUGUGCAAACUCAAGGCUGGUGUGCAAAAUCUCUGGCGAGGUCAUGAAUGAGAACAACCCACCCAUGAUGCUGCCUAAUGGCUAUGUUUAUGGAUACAAUUCUCUCUUGUCAAUUCGUCAAGAUGACAAGGUGGUAUGCCCCAGGACCAAAGAGGUUUUCAACUUUUCCCAGGCUGAGAAGGUUUACAUAAUGUGAUGGGAGCUCCACAUAAGUUUUGGGACGUUAAGUUGCGAUGCCAUUGUAGGCUGGGCGAAUUUCACAUUGACACCAUUUGUUCCUUGUUCCACGCAAGUGAAUCUCAUGGACAGUAUGUCCUCGCCCUCAACUGGCCUGCAAGACCUUCAUUGAACUGCUGGUUCAAAAUCACAAUGGAGUCGGUAAACGGACAAUUGUGACGAGGGAUUUCUUUUUUGUUGAUGCUUUUAAAGGGUUGAUAGUUUGGCAUUUAUUUAACUGGUUUAUUUUCAGUAGUGUAAAACAAACCAACAUGACUCCAUAUCAAUCUCAAAAGAGCUUCUGCCUUGUAGUGUGUU